ACUAUAUAUUCCUCCAUUUCUCUCUCCUCUUGACUGCUUAUUACUCAAUUCUUCCUCUCUCUCUCUCUAGAGGAAUCGGUUCCUUCGAAAGUGAUUUGGCGAAAUUCGCUUUUAAGAGGCUAAAAGCUCGUGACUGUAGAAGAAGCAAAGUUUUUUGGAGUUUCAGGAUUUGGCUUCUCCGUGGCUGGAGUUUUCAACAGAUUGUUGAGGAUUUCAUCCAAUUUGAGAUCCGGUUGAACUUCGCGGUGUUUUUCUAGCUCUGUUUCAGGCUUUCAGCGCUGCUCUGAGUCCGAUUUGCUCCGGAGCGGAUACCGUAUGAAAUUGCGAGAAUUUCGAGUUGAAGUGCUGGAGAAACUUGCUUGUUUAGUGGUGAAUUGCUGAAGAUUUUGUAAAAGGAGUUGGGAAAAUGGGAGUUGACGUUGGGACACUGUUGUCGAAGAUGAAUAUGUUAACGACCUCCGAUCAUGGCUCAGUGGUGUCCAUAAACAUAUUUGUGGCUCUUAUCUGUGCGUGUAUCAUUAUUGGCCAUCUCUUGGAAGAAAGCCGUUGGAUGAAUGAAUCCAUUACUGCUCUCAUGAUUGGAAUAUGUACUGGUGUUGUUAUUCUACUUACCUCCGGAGGAACAAGCUCGCAUAUUUUAGUUUUCAGUGAAGAUCUUUUCUUCAUCUAUCUUCUUCCACCAAUCAUUUUUAAUGCCGGGUUUCAGGUGAAAAAGAAGCAAUUUUUUCGUAAUAUCUCAACUAUUAUGCUUUUUGGAGCACUUGGUACCUUGAUAUCCUUCAUCAUCAUAUCAUUGGGAGCUAUUGGCAUCUUCAAAAAAAUGAAUAUUGGCUCUCUCGAGUUAGGAGAUUAUCUUGCAAUUGGAGCAAUUUUCUCUGCAACAGAUUCUGUGUGCACUUUGCAAGUACUCAAUCAGGAUGAAACACCUCUACUCUACAGUCUAGUUUUUGGGGAAGGAGUUGUAAAUGAUGCCACGUCCAUUGUCCUUUUCAAUGCAGUUCAGAACUUUGACUUAUCUAACAUAAACUCUUUGGUGGUUCUGCAAUUAUUUGGAAACUUUCUGUACUUAUUUAUCUUGAGCACUCUCCUUGGAGUCGUCGCUGGUUUGCUGAGUGCAUAUGUUAUUAAGAAGCUCUACUUUGGAAGGCAUUCCACUGAUCGUGAGGUUGCUAUUAUGAUUUGUAUGGCUUAUUUAUCAUAUAUGCUCUCUGAAUUAUUUUCUUUAAGUGCCAUCCUCACUGUCUUCUUCUCUGGGAUUGUGAUGUCACAUUACACCUGGCACAAUGUCACUGAAAGUUCUAGAGUCACAACCAAGCAUGCAUUUGCUACAUUGUCGUUUAUUGCUGAGAUAUUUAUAUUCCUUUAUGUUGGAAUGGAUGCUUUAGACAUUGAAAAAUGGAAGUUUGUAAGUGACAGCCCCGGAACAUCAGUUGAGGUUAGCUCAAUACUUUUGGGUCUGGUUUUGGUUGGAAGAGCAGCUUUUGUAUUCCCCUUAUCAUUUUUGUCCAACUUGAUCAAGAAGUCCCGGGGUGAAAAGAUUGGAUUUAGGCAGCAGUUUAUAAUAUGGUGGGCUGGGCUUAUGCGAGGUGCUGUUUCAAUGGCUCUUGCAUAUAACCAGUUUACAAGGUCUGGCUACACCCAGUUACGUGAGAAUGCAAUAAUGAUCACGAGCACAAUUACAGUUGUUCUUUUCAGCACUGUGGUUUUUGGUUUGAUAACCAAACCUUUGAUCAGGGUCUUGCUGCCCACACCAAAACACCUAAACAGAAUGGUGUCUUCUGAACCAGUCACUCCAAAAUCCUUCACUGUGCCUCUUCUGGAUUCAGAGGCCGACCUAGAUGGCCAUGUGCCACGUCCAAACAGCUUGCGCAUGCUGCUGACAACACCAUCUCACACGGCCCACUACUAUUGGAGAAAAUUCGACGAUGCAUUCAUGCGACCUGUCUUUGGUGGACGAGGCUUUGUACCAUAUGUCCCUGGCUCACCUACUGAACAGAAUGAACCACAAUGGCAGUGAAAGAGAAGCACUGUACUACACUAUAUGCCCCGUGAACAGAAUGAACAACAAUGGGCGCACUGAAAGAGUGCACUAUCUGCCCGCCCAUCCUCGACAUGGGAAAAAAGUUUUACUUUGGUUGCAUUUUGUAGUUUUGUUUCCUGUUAAUAUUUUUUGUAUGUCUGAGUAAAUCAGCAAUGAUAGCAUUAGGGUGUCGACUUUAUAGAUUGGCAAGUAGAAGUGUGCUUAUUUUUGGUAUGAUUUCACUUUUCAGUUAGUUCUUUACUGUGGGCAACACUGAGCCAUUCAUCAGUAUAUGGCAUUUGCUAAAUUCCCAAUUCAGAGGCCUUUCUAUAAACCACCAAAUGGGUGUGUAAUUUGUAUGUAAACGUCUCCAUGUUGUAUUUAAACAUUUCUGAA